AUUAGUCGCAAAGCUAUUACAUAUAGAAUUGCAGAUGAAUUACCCUGGUUAAUAUAUCGUAUUCAAGAUAAAGAUAAAUUGAGGGAGCGUCUGCUAGAUUUGGAUUUAUUCCUGAAGCUAUAUAAACGUGAAAGGUUUAGCGAUUUACUGGAUUAUUGGUAUUUCCUUGGCGUCACGAAAUCGAACAUCGUUUCAGCCUACCUAAACAAAAUUAAAAGUAUUGAUGAUGACAAUGGCCCCGUAUUACGCACAGCUAGCCUAUAUGAAGCUUUAGGCCGGUUUUCUAGAGAUUUAAAUCUUUGUAAUCAAGGAGUACAGCCUUUACAAAGAGCGCUGGAAAUUAGGGAAACGGUUCUUGAUCCAGAUCAUCCUGUCAUAGCUCAGACUCUACAUCAUUUGGCAAAGUUAUAUAGUACAUGGGGAAAAUACAGGAAUGCCUUCGAUUUACAUAAGCAAGCUCUUGAUAUUUAUGAGAACACGUACGGAAAUGAUCAUCCAAUUGUCGCUAAGGAAUUUGAAGCUAUGGCACAUUUAUAUCAAAAGCAAGACAAGUAUGUAAUGUCUGAAGCCAUGUUAAGUAAGGCACAAACAAUUCGGGGUAAUGCUCCCACCCCUAUCGAGGCCAAUUUUCUCAACGCCGAAAUAUUAAGACGAAAGGCAGUACAAGUAGAGGAGUUGGCACUAAAUUCAGAAUCUGCGGAAAUUGCCAAUACGCUUAACGAAUUAGGAGUCUUGUAUUUUCUUCAAAGCAAUCUGCAGGUCGCCGAAUCAUAUUUUCAACGAUCUUUGACGAUGAGAGAGUCUAUCCUAGGAAAAGAUCAUGCCGAUGUAGCGCAGUCAUGCAAUAAUUUGGCUGCACUAUAUUGCGAAAAGAAAAUGUAUACCGAAGCUGAGAAAUUAUACGCAUCCGCACUAGAAAUAAGAUCAAAGCUACUAUCAAACGAUCAUCCUCAUGUUGCAUCAAUAAUAAAGCAUCUGGGCGCUACUUAUAGGAAGCAGGGAAAACUAGAAGCAGCAGAGCCCUUAUAUCGACAAACGGUUGAAAUACGAGAAAAGUUAUUUGGAUUUAAGCAUCCCAGCACUGCUACAGCUCUAAGUAGCCUGGCAAUAUUAUUGUGUCAACAGGAAAAGCAUGAAGAAGCUUUACCAUUAUAUGAGAGAGCUCUAGAAAUAUAUGAAGAAUCUCUUCGCCCAAAUCACCCUUGUAUAGCUGAAACUUUAAAAAAUAUGGCUGUAUUGCGAUAUAGCUUAGGAGAGUAUGCGUCUGCUGCACAACUUUAUAAGAGAGCUAUUGAGCUUAGAGAGAGAUAUAGCGAACAAAGUUUACAUCGAGCCACAUCCAGAAGGUCAUCUGAAGGAGAAAUGAGUGUUACUACUAGUAUUAAAGGAGGAAGAGCGUACAGUUUGACGACUGUUGAUGGACAGGAAUAA